AUGAGGAGCCUGAAUGUUGCACUGCUCAUCUUACUCGGCGUGGCAAGUGCCUCUGGGAACGAAGGGCCUGGAAGCUUCAGUGUCCCGCUACAUGGUUCCCAGUAUUCCGCGUUUGAGAAGCCCGACCCUGACCGGGAUUUCGGCAACCUCGCUCUUGAAAUCUUGCCGACAGAUCCUGACCAUAAAGAUAUUCCACGCGAAGACCCUGUUGACCCCAACUUCGACCCCGACUCAGAUGAUCAAAGCGCUGUGGUCAAAGAUAUAGUAGGUGUCAAGGGAGAGGACGGAGAGGAGGAUGGCGAGUUCAAACUAGAGGAGACGGAUGGCGAAGAAACUCGAUCCCAGACAUCGUCGGGCUCCUUUCUUGGCAUCUUGAACCCCAUGGAAGCAAAAUCUGCCCUGACCGAUUUCUGGAGCGAGAUUCAAGGUCAAACACGUGAGUUUACUCGGAACAUAACACCGUCUAUGCAAACAUUUGCAAGGAGGAUGCAAGCGGCUGGAUUCCCGGCUCCACUGGUGCACGGCUUCCGGGAAAUUGAACUCCCGACCGGCUCUUUACUCCCACCCUUCGUUCCGGACAUUCCUAUCGCUGGUCCACUCAACCCCGCCACUUGGUCACAGGAGCAGAUCAACGCCAUACUGAAUCCCCAGCUGCUGAACUUAAUGAACCCCAACACAGCUGCCAACACAGUCACCGAAAUCCCAGGCCUUGGACGUUUCUCCAUCGCCAUCCCGCCUGUCAACGUCGAGUUCCCCUGGGCCGGAGCGGUAGCUAGUGGUACUACGAAUCUGGCAACCUCCGCUGUUAGUUUGCUGCCACAGUCCUUUCCAAGCUUCAUCAAGUACGAACGAAUCCCGGGAGACGCUCCAAGCCAUAUGAACAUUCCUGAGUUGGGCCUACUCAAUCCAGCCAAUGCCUACGAGAACAAACGUCAGCUUUCCGUUGCUGGAGACAUCCUCCAGAACUCAUUUGAUCGUUUGAAUGGCAUCGUCACUGGGAGCGCUGCCAGUGGAAUGCGGCCACUAUUUGCCCCUGUUUCUGCCGCACCUGCUUCUGCCGCACCUGCUUCUGCCGCACCUGCUUCUGCCGCACCUGCUUCUGCCGCACCUGCUUCUACCG